ACACUCACUGGGAGGUAGAAAAACAGAUGGGAGAGACAGUUUCCAGGAUGAGUUGUCAGUUGCUGGCCUCUGGUGGUAUCUAGGGGUCAGGUCCAAUCUGGGACUGCUCAGAUGCUGCAGGGGAGGCGGGGCUGAGAUGAGAAUAAAGGCCUCCUUAGCUCCAAGGGCUCUAACACUUUCUGACCAACCUGGAAAGGAAUUCUGGCGAGUGAUCUGGGAGACAGGAGAGGUAGAGGAGAGGGUGCCCGCACAGACAGACAGAUAGACAAGCUGGGAUUUCAGGGGAGGUAGGCAAUGGCCUUGAGAUCAGAGGUAAGGGUCCAUUGAAUCUGCUCAUCUAUCUAGCAGUUCUCAGGGUCUUAGCUCCUCUUUCCCUCCAUAUGUUUCCUAUUGUCUUUUGCAGGCCAUCUCAGGAAGAUCAGGUACCAUGCUGCUCCCAGCCCUGCUCUGCUUCUGGGCAAUUUGGGCCUGGGCUGAUGGGAGGUGGUGCCAGCAGACAGAGACUGUCCAGGCAGAGGAGGUGGUGACUCCUCGGCAGGAAGAGCUGGUGGCCUGUAGCAGUCUCUACCAUUAUGUUCAUCGGGGCUGGCAGCUCGACCUGGCCAGAAGCAGGCUCACAAGCUCCUCAACUCCUACUCUCUGCCCAGUCUACAAGCCUCCUGAUAUACGACUGGUAGCCUGGAACCGGACUGUGAGGGCCUGUUGCCCAGGCUGGAGAGGUCCCCAUUGCACUCUAGGUCCUGGCACCAAGGACCACUGUUUUGCCACAUGGCAAUGCCAAGUAGGACCAGAUUUAUUGAAUGCCUCAGUAGGCAGCUUAGAAGAGUGUUGUGCUCAGCCCUGGGGGCGCAGCUGGUGGAAUGAUAGUUCUGAACAUUGCCUCACUUGUUCUUCCUGGCCUGUAACAGGCAAUCAUCCAUCCCCAGCCCUCUUACAGCCCUCUCCUGGCAUCGUGGGCCACCUCCGGAGCCAGCGACGGGGCCUCUCAGCCACCUGUACCACUUGGUCAGGCUUCCACUACCGGACCUUUGACGGGCAUCACUACCACUUCCUGGGCCGAUGCACCUACCUGCUGGCGGGAGAUGCCGAGGCCACCUGGGCUGUUUACCUCCUUCCUGGCGAGCGCUGCCCUCGGCCUGAUCACUGCCAGCCGACGGUCCGUGUUCUGAUGGGCCAGGAUGAGGUGCUGUUCCAGGGCUCCAGAGUUUCAGUGAACGGAGUGCCAGUGCCAGAGGGGGAGCCCCUACUACAGCAUGGGCUGAGCCUACAGUGGCCAGGGGACUGGUCGGUGCUGUCUGGUGGUCUGGGUGUGGUGGUGAGGAUGGACAGGGCUGGUUCUAUCUCACUCACUGUUGACCAUGAGCUCCAAGGGCAGACUCGAGGACUCUGCGGCCUCUAUAAUGGUCGGCCUGAGGAUGAUUUUCUGGAUCCUGAUGGGGGGCAGGCUGUAUUAGCUGCUACAUUUGGUAAUUCCUGGAAGUCCCCUGACUCAGAGCCUGGAUGCCUAGAUGCAAUGGAAGUGGCUCCAGGAUGCAAGGGUUCUACUGGAGAUCAAGGGGCUGGCGUGGGUGCAGGGGUGCUGCAGGCUGAAGCUCAAGACAUCUGCCACCCGCUGCUGGACGGUGUCUUCAGAGAAUGUCAUGCCCAGAUUCCUCCCAGUGGGUUCCACGACGCUUGCCUCUUUGCCUACUGCUCGGCUAGUGGUGGACAGGCGGAGAGGCAAGAGGCUGUGUGUGCUACGUUUGCCAGCUAUGCCCGUGACUGUGCCCAGCACGGUAUCUUCAUCCCUUGGCGGACGCCUGGCUUCUGUGAGCGCCUUUGCCCAGGAGGACAGCUCUACUCAGACUGCGUGUCAUCCUGCCCGCCCAGCUGUGGUGCAGUGGGUGAAGGCGAGGAGGGCCAGUGUCGACGAGAGUGCGUGAGUGGCUGUGAAUGCCCACCAGGACUUUACAGGGACAACGACCUCUGUGUCCCUGCCACUCAGUGCCCUUGCUACCACCACCGCCAACGCUAUUCCCCGGGCAGCACGGUGCACCAGCUGUGCAAUCCAUGUGUGUGCCUGGAAGGCCGUUGGCACUGUUCCCAGAAGCCAUGCCCAGCUGAAUGUGCAGUGGGUGGGGAUGGGCACUACGUCACCUUCGAUGGGCGAAGUUUCUUCUUCCAGGGUGUUGGGGGCUGUCGGUACAACCUGGUGCAGGAUUAUUUGAAGGGGCAACUGCUGAUAGAAUUGGAGCAUGGGGCCUGUGAGACUGGCAGCUGCCUCCGUGCCAUCUCUGUCACCCGGGGUGAAGCCUAUGUCCAGCUCCGGGACUCCGGGGCAGUGCUGGUUGGCAGGGAAGAGGUGGCAUUGCCUUGGGCUGAGCCUGGGGGCCUCCGUGUCCACCGUGCCUCCUCCACCUUCCUCCUGCUUCAUGGACCCGGGGUCUGGCUCCUCUGGGGUGUGCUUGAACCCGCUGCAUACAUUACCUUGGAACCCCUCUAUGCCCACCGGGUAAGGGGGAUGUGUGGAACCUUCACUUGGAACCAGCAAGAUGACUUCCUGACACCUGCCGGCGAUGUGGAAUCCAGCGUAGCUGCCUUUGCCAGCAAGUUCCAGCGGAGUGGGGACAGUGCCUGCCGUUUGGGGGAUACUCUUAUCCCCCUGAAUCCCUGCAGCACCCAUGCCCAGCGCCGUCCCUAUGCAGAAGCCGCUUGUGCCAUUCUCCAAGGCCCAGCCUUCCAGCAAUGCCACGGGCUAGUGGAACAAGAGCCUUACCAGCUACGGUGCCUAUCAGCAGUGUGCAGCUGUGCCCUGGGUCAUGAUUGCCUGUGUCCUGUGCUAGCUGCCUAUGCCCGCCACUGUGCCCAGGAGGGGGUGCUCAGCCCUUGGAGGAACCAGACUCUGUGCCCUGUCGUGUGUCCAGCUGGCCAAGAAUACCAGGAAUGUGCCCCCGUGUGUGAUCGGAGAUGUGGAGAACUGGAGGCCUGUGGGGAAUUCGUGGGCUGCGUGGCUGGCUGUAACUGUCCCUCUGGCCUGCUGUGGGAUCAUGAGAGCCAGUGUGUGCCCCCUAGUCUGUGUCCCUGCCAGCUGGGAACCCGGCACCAUCCUCCAGGCAGCAUUACUUUGCAGGGAUGCAAUCGCUGUGUGUGCCAGGACAGAGGCAUCUGGAACUGCACGGCUCACCAUUGUGCUCCAGAAAUAGCGUUCUGCCCUGGAGGACAAAUAUAUUCCCCAGGCUCCUGCCUCCUCACCUGUGACAGUCCCAGGGUCAACGUCUCCUGUCCCAGGGAUACUUCGGACGGCUGUGUUUGCCCUCCAGGCACUGUCCUGCUGGAUGAACACUGUGUGCCCCCUGAACUGUGCCCCUGCAGACACAGUGGGCAGCUCUACCCACCCAACUCAACGAUCCAGGAGGACUGCAAUACUUGUGUGUGCCAGGGCCGACAGUGGCGGUGCACAGGUCACCCAUGCAGUGGACGGUGCCACGCUUCGGGUGCCCCUCACUAUGUGACGUUUGAUGGCUUGGCAUUCACCUUCCCUGGGACCUGCGAGUACCUGCUGGUUCGAGGGGUGGAUGGGAGUUUCUCGGUCUCUGCUCAGAACCUGCCCUGUGGGACCAGCGGCCUCACCUGCACCAAGGCCCUAACCAUUCGGCUGGGGAAGACCAUCGUGCAGAUGCUCAGAGGUCGGGCAGUGACAGUGAAUGGAGUGAGUGUGCGGCCUCCCAAGAUUUACACAGGACCUGGGCUGAGCCUGAGACAAGUGGGCCUCUCCUUGCUGCUCACCGCUCGCCUUGGUUUUUCCUUGCUCUGGGAUGGAGGCACUCGGGUUAUGGUCCAGCUGGAUCCCCAGUUCCGGGGGCGUGUGGCCGGGCUGUGUGGGGACUUUGAUGGUGACGCGGCCAAUGAUCUUCGGAGCCGCCAGGGGGUCCUGGAGCCCACAGCUGAACUGGCUGCCCACUCCUGGCGACUUAGCCUCCUGUGCCCCGAGCCAAGCCUUGGAGACAUGCCUCACCCCUGCACGGUGAACGCCCACCGGGUGGGCUGGGCCCGGGCCCGCUGCGGCGUGCUGCUCCAGCCGCUCUUUGCCCCCUGCCAUGUGGAGGUGCCCCCCCAGCAGCAUUACGAGUGGUGCGUGUAUGAUGCCUGCGGCUGCGACUCAGGAGGUGACUGUGAGUGUCUUUGUUCGGCGAUUGCUGCCUACGCGGAGGAGUGUGCCCGCCGUGGGCAUCACAUGCAUUGGCGAAGCCAGGACCUCUGCCCUGUCCAGUGUGAAGGGGGUCAGGCCUAUGAAGCCUGUGGUCCUGUCUGCCCCCCCACCUGCCAACACCCUGGCGCUGAGUCUGCGUGGCAUUGCCAGGCUGUGCCCUGUGUGGAGGGAUGCUUCUGUCCUGAGGGCACUCUGCUGCACGGUGGUGUCUGUUUGGAGCCAGCUGCCUGUCCCUGUGAGUGGAGAGGUAACUUCUUCCCACUGGGAACCUUGCUGCAGAGGGACUGUGGGAACUGCACAUGCCGAGCAGGAGAGUGGAGCUGUGGGGAAGCAGGUUCCCCGUGUGAGGAGAUGCUUCUCCAGUGUGCCGAGGGAGACGUCCCGUGCCAAGAGAGUGGGUACUGUGUGCCCCGGGAGUGGCUGUGCGACAACCAGGAGGACUGUGGAGAUGGCUCUGAUGAGGAGGGCUGUGCCCCUCUGGGCUGUGGAGAGGGGCAGUUCUCCUGCGGUGAUGGCCGAUGUCUGCCCUCCUCACUGCUCUGCGAUGGGCGGGAUGACUGUGGAGACGGGGCAGAUGAGCAUGGCUGCCCAUGCCCUGAGGGAUUCCUGCCCUGUGCUGAUGGGCAAUGCCUGCCCCUGGCCCAGCUUUGUGAUGGGCAUCCUGACUGUUCAGAUGGUGCUGAUGAAGAGUCCUGCCUGGGAUGGGAAAACUGUGGCCCUGGAGAGGUGCCCUGCUUGGAUGGAACCUGCGUUGGAGCUUCUCAGUUGUGUGAUGGGGCCUGGGACUGUGCAGAUGGGGCAGAUGAGGGACCCAGAUACUGCCCCUCUCCCCCUCUCCCUAUUCCCCCUGCCAGCACUCCAACUGGCCCCUCCAUGGCCACCCUGGAGACUGGACCAACUUCUCCAGUCAGAAGCAGCAGCCCUGAGCCUCCUUGCGGUCAAUACGAGUUCAGCUGUGGCAGUGGGGAGUGUGUGCCUCGGGGUUGGCACUGUGACCACGAGGAGGACUGCCAGGAUGGCACCGAUGAGCUGGACUGCGGGCAGCCCUGCCCCCCGCAUCACAUGCUCUGUGCCCUCAGUCUCCACUGUAUACCCUACCAGCAGCUCUGUGAUGGGACUGCCCAGUGCCCAGAUGGCUCUGAUGAAAGCGUGGACGCCUGUGAGAGGCUGCCAUUCCCCACCACUCCUAACAAGACGGGGGUUCCUUGCCCUGAAUAUUCCUGCCCAGAUGGCCACUGCAUCAGCUUUCAGCAGGUGUGCAAUGGACAGCCUGACUGCAAGCUGAGGCCGUCCCCUGAGGAGCAGGGCUGUGCCACAUGGGGACCCUGGGCUCCCUGGGGGCUCUGCAGCCAGACCUGCGGGGCUGGGGUGCAGGGUCGGAGUCGCCGCUGCUCUCCCUCUAGUCCCCCCGUGCUUCAGCGUUGUGUAGGCCCGGAACACCAAGACCGUGCUUGCUUCACUACUGCCUGCCCUGAGGAUGGUGUCUGGGGUGACUGGUCCCCUUGGUCUGAAUGCUCGGAGCCAUGCAGGGGGGUUGUGGCUAGACACCGGGUCUGCCACCCACCCCAAAAUGGCGGCCGGACCUGUGCCACAUUGCCUGGAGGUCCCCACAGCACCCUGCAGACUAAGACCUGCUCACAGGAUGGCUGCCCCAAUGUCACCUCAUGCCCAGGAGAGCUGGUGCUCCAGCCCUGUGCCCCUUGCCCUCUCACCUGUGCUGACAUCUCUAGCCAGGCCAAGUGCCCACCUGAGCAGCCCUGCAGCCCAGGUUGUUGGUGCCCCGAAGGACAGGUGCUGGGCAUGGAGGGACGGUGUGUGUGGCCCCGGCAGUGCCCUUGCUUGGUGGAAGGUGCUCGCUAUUGGCCAGGGCAGCGGGUCAAGAUCAAUUGCCGGCUCUGUACGUGUCAGGGUGGCCGGCUACGUCGAUGCCAGCUUAAUCCUGAUUGUGCAGUGAACUGUGGCUGGUCAUCCUGGUCCCCAUGGGCUGAGUGUCUGGGCCCCUGUGGGAGCCAGAGCAUCCAGUGGUCCUUCCGGAGCCCCAACAACCCCAGCCACCUAGGACGUGGUCAGCAGUGCCGAGGCAUCUACCGAAAGGCCAGAAGGUGUCAAACAGAGCCCUGUGAGGAAUGUGAGCACCAGGGGGACACACACAGAGUGGGGGAGCGCUGGCGUUGGGGCACAUGCCAGGUGUGCCAGUGUCUGCUCAAUCACACAGUUCAGUGUUCUCCUUACUGUUCUCUGGGAGCCUGCCCACAGGGUUGGAUGCUAGUGGAGGGAAAGGGAGAGUCAUGUUGCCACUGUAUUCCUAUUGGAGAGAAUAGGACAGCUGUCCCUACGGCCACUCCAUCACGUCCACCUAGUCUCCAACCAGAACCUACUCUUCCUACCUACCCAUUACCUGCACCUGGAGACCCCUGCUACUCCCCACUGGGCUUGUCAAGACUCCCUACCAGCAGUCUGAGGGCAUCAUCCGAACAUCCUGAACAUCCUGCCUGGGCUGGUCGCUUGGGGUCCUUGGUGUUGGGACUGGAGCCUCAGGGCUGGAGUCCCAGUGAAGACGCCUAUGCUGAGCUACACAUCCAGCCUCCUUUUCUUCAGAUAGACUUGCUAAGGCCCCGAAACCUCACUGGUAUCAUAAUCCAGGGUGCUGGCUCCUCUGAUGCCUAUGUUACCAGUUUUUCACUCCAGUUCAGCAUUGAUGGGCAUCAUUGGCAUGACUACCAUGAGACUCUGCCAGGCAUUCUGUCUCCACCCAAGCUGUUCCCAGGGAACUGGGAUGACUCUGCACCUGCAGUGAGGAUGUUUGGUCGGGUGGUACAAGCCCAGCAUGUCCGAGUAUUACCCCAUGACUUUCAGCACAGCAUCUUCAUGAGGGUGGAGCUGUUGGGCUGUGAUCCAGUUUCCAUCCCAAUGGUGCCACCAUGUCCAGGAAAUGAGUUCCUUUGUGCCAAUGGUGUGUGUAUCUCACCGGAGGCCAUAUGCAAUGGCAUUGGAGACUGUGGAGAUGGCUCUGAUGAAGAGGACUGUGCCACCUUCCUUUCAAGUACUGUCAGACCCAGAGAUCAAACCACAUCAGUUUUUCCUGCCCACCUCCUGCAACCCACUCCUUGGACAAAGGAGGUGAGAAGUCAAAAAGCUAGAGGUAAUGAUGGGGACAGUGUGAGAAAGAGAAGGGAAGAAUGUUCUCAUGUAGCCUCCUGUGCCCAUCCAUAUUCCUCUCCUCCAGGAAGCUUUCCUUGGUUAGCUCUUCCUGAUCACCUCUUUACCUGUCUCUACUCUGCUCUACAGUCACUGAUAGCUGAGGCAGCUGGUAAUACAAUGGCUAGAGCAUUGGGCCUGGAGUCAGGAAGACCUGAAUUCAGAUCCCUCCUGAUGCCAGGACCCCACCUGCUCCAAGAUGACAAGGUGGGAGGAAGGGUGAAGAUGGGGACAAGCUGGGCACCUGACCUGCCUGAGACCUUGGAUGGAGGAUGGGGAAGGGAACUAGAGAUUCAGGGAGGGUGGGAGCAAGUGGCCUCUGUUCUAAGAGUGAGUGGGAUUGACACGAUGCUCACAGGUUCAAGCACUCCCCAGUGGCCUCCCUUCCCUCCAGUACUGUGCAGCCCGGACCAAGUUCCUUGUGAGUUCCUUGGUUGUGUGGACCCCAAGCAGGUGUGUGAUGGGCAAGAGGACUGUCUCGAUGGCUCUGAUGAACAGCACUGUGCGAAACCGUCUCCUUUUGCGGUGCCCACGGCCACACAGCCCACCUUGCCAGCCCUUGUGGCUGUCUGUUCCCCAAAGCAGUUGAGCUGCCGCAGUGGUGAAUGUCUCCCUGCUGACCUUCGCUGUGACCUGCACCCUGACUGCCAGGAUGGCUCUGAUGAGGAUGGCUGUGUGGACUGCCUGUUGGCACCCUGGUCUGGCUGGAGCAGCUGCAGUAGAAGCUGUGGUUUGGGGGUGACUUUCCAGCGGAGGGCCCUGCUUCGAGCUCCCUUGCUUGGUGGUGGCUGCCCUCAAGAAGAUUUCCAGAGUCGCUCCUGUUUCUUGCAGGCCUGCCCAGUGCCCGGUGCUUGGACUUCAUGGGGUCCCUGGGGCCCCUGCAGCGCAUCCUGUGGGGGAGGCCAACAGGGACGUUGGCGUAGCUGCACGGAUCCCCCACCCAAGAAUGGGGGUGCUCCUUGCCCUGGGACAGCACAGGAGAGCCUACCCUGUGGCCUGCAGCCCUGCAGGGGUGGUACAGAUUGUGGCCCAGAUCUUGUGUAUGUGAGUGCUGAGCAGUGCCAGCAGCACCUGGUGCCCCGGUGCCCCCCCUCCUGCCAGGACCCUGAAGCCAAGAGGAACUGUAGCACACACUGCAUGGAGGGUUGCCGAUGCCCCCCUGGACUCCUUCUCUAUGAUGGUCAGUGUCUGACGCUCUCCCAGUGCCCCUGCCCAGUGGGCACAGAGGUUAAACUGCCCAAGGAAUCCUUCCUGCUGGACAACUGCAGCCAGUGUGUCUGUGAAGACGGAGAUCUUCACUGUGAGGCUGGGGACUGUCCUGUGCCCUGUGGCUGGUCAGCAUGGUCCUCUUGGGGCCCCUGUGACCACUCCUGCGGCCCUGGAACCCGGGCCAGAUUCAGGUCUCCUUCCAACCCAGCAGCAUCUUCUGGAGGUGCCCCUUGUGAGGGAAAUGGGCAGGAGGUUCAGACCUGUCACACGGACUGUGGUACUGAGCUUCUAGCCUGGACUCCCUGGACAACUUGGUCCUCUUGUUCCCAAAGCUGCUCUGCCCCAGGAGGACCUCCUGUCUGGCGACACCGCUCUCGUCUCUGCCCCACAUCCGAGGGGGUGGUCUGCCCUGGGGAGCCCUCUGAAGAAGAGCUCUGCAGCCUCCCUCCAUGUCCAGUGUCUAGUGUCUGGACCCCUUGGGCCCCAUGGUCCUCUUGCUCAGCUGACUGUGAUGGAGGCAUUCAAACCCGUGGCCGUAGGUGCUCUGGUGCACUUUCUGGGAGUCCUGAGUGCCAGGGGCCCCACAGCCAGACCCGAGACUGUCACACCCAGCCCUGUUCAGCCCAUUGUCCUGAAGGCAUGGUGUUCUACUCCAAGGAGCAAUGUCAGCAGGAGGGAGGGCCAUGCCCACGCCUGUGCUUGGCACAAGACCCAGGUGUGGAAUGCAAGGGAACCUGUGGUCCUGGCUGCACCUGCCCCCCUGGCCUCUUUCUGCACAACGCCAGCUGCAUGCCCCUUAGUCAGUGCCCCUGCCAGCUUCAAGGGCAGCUCUAUCCGCCUGGGGCUGUGGCCAGCCUUGACUCCUGUAACAAUUGCACAUGCAUUUCCGGAGAGAUGGAGUGCAGCUCAGAGUCUUGCCCAGUGGCCUGUGGAUGGAGCCCCUGGACCCCAUGGAGCUCUUGUAGCCGAAGUUGUAAUGUGGGUCUACGCCGGCGUUUCCGGGCAGGCACGGCACCCCCAGCUGCCUUUGGAGGGGCUGAGUGUGAGGGUCCCAGUGUAGAGGCUGAAUUCUGCAGCCUGCAGCCAUGUCGGGGUCCUGGGGUGGCAUGGGGGCCAUGGUCUCCUUGCUCAGUACCCUGCGGUGGAGGCUAUAGGAAUCGUACCCGUGGCAAGGCCCCACAGAGCCCCAUUGACUUCUCUACCUGUGGCCUGCAGCCUUGUUCUGGGCCAGCACCUGGAGUCUGUCCAGAGGGAAAGCAAUGGCACAACUGUAGUGAGGGCCCGGCCUCCUGUGCAGAGCUCAAUGGCCAGGAAGGUGCCAAUGGGAGCUGCCACCCUGGCUGCUAUUGUCCCCCAGGGACCCUCUUGCUGAACAACGUGUGUGUGCCUCCCCAGGACUGCCCUUGUGCCUAUGGUGGGCGUCUUUAUCCCGCUGGCAGCCUUGUCCUCCGGCCGUGCGAGAAUUGCUCCUGUGUCUCUGGGCUCAUCACCAACUGUACCUCCCGGCCGUGUGAAGAGGCUCAAGCCACCUGGUCACUGUGGACCCCGUGGAGCGAGUGCUCGGCUUCUUGUGGGCCUGCCCGGCGCCACCGGCAUCGCUUCUGCCCCGGGUCUCCCCACCUGGGACCUUCCAGCAUCACGCCGCUUCUCUCAACAACUUCCCCCUCCUCUCUUUGCCGUGGGCCGGAGGCCGAAGAGGAGCCCUGUAGCCUGCCCCUCUGUGACCGUUCAGGAGGCUGGAGCCCCUGGGGCCCGUGGUCAGCCUGCAGUCGGACCUGUGGGGGAGGCCUUCGGAGCCGGAGCCGGCUCUGUGACCAACCCGUGCCUCAGGGCCUGGGUGACUACUGUGAGGGGCCUCAUGCUCAGGGGGAAACCUGCCAGGCACUGCCAUGCCCAGUGUCCAACUGCAGCACUAUCCCUGGGGCUGACUUCCAUGCCUGUGGCCCUCCCUGCCCCAGGUCCUGUGAUGACCUUGCGCACUGUGUGUGGCACUGCCAGCCGGGCUGUUACUGCCCUCGGGGCCAGGUGCUGAGCACAGAUGGAACUGCAUGUGUGGAUCCAAGCUAUUGUGAUUGCCUCGACUUGCUGACAGGAAAGAGGCAUCAACUGGGCUCCGUAUUGACCCGACCGGAUGGCUGCAAUCACUGCACCUGCAUGGAAGGGAAGCUGAAUUGUACUAACCUGCCUUGCCCAGUGCCUGGAGGCUGGUGCACUUGGUCUGAAUGGACGCCAUGCACCCUGCCAUGUCAGGGAGAGAAUCGUGCCAGAUCCCGGACCUGCGCCUGCUCCUCUCCUCGGGCUGGAGGGGCUCCAUGCCCAGGGGAGGUUGGUGAAGCAGGCACACAACUUCAGCGGGAGCCCUGUCCCAGCCUCACCACUUGUCCAGUGGAUGGUGGCUGGAGCCCGUGGGGACCAUGGUCUUCUUGUGAUGCUUGCACUGGGGAAUCAUCUCGGAGAAGGGAAUGUACCCAUCCCCCUGCAGAGAUUGGGGGCCGGCCUUGUCCUGGGGAGUACCGGGAGAGCCAGCCUUGCCAAGACAACUCUACACACUGCCCAGACUGUGGGGGUGGUCAGCACCUUCUCCCUUGUGGGAAGCCCUGCCCCCGAUCCUGCCAGGACCUGUCCCCAGGGAAUGUGUGCCAUUCUGGCCUGUCUGAUUGCCACCCUUCUUGUGGAUGUCCACUUGGCCAACUCUCCCAAGAUGGGCUCUGUGUGCCUCAUGCCCUCUGCCGCUGCCAGUACCAGCCCAAAGCCAUGGGGAUUGCUGAGAACAGAAGCCGUUUGGCAGAGUCCGGGGUCAGCUCUUGGGAGAGUCUGGAGCCGGGAGAGACUCUGAUGGGUCCUUGUGAUAACUGUACCUGCGUGGAGGGCAUACUGCAGUGCCAGGAGGUGCCCAGCUGUCCAGGCCCUGGGGGAUGGGCCCCAUGGGGCCCCUGGGAAGCUUGCAGUGUGUCCUGUGGAGGGGGAGAGCAGCUACGCUCCCGGGCCUGUGCCCGCCCCCCAUGCCUGGGCCCUGCCCGCCAGAGCCGGACCUGCCAUACCCAGGUCUGCAGAGAAGCAGGCUGCCCGGCUGGAAGGCUCUUCCGGGAGUGUGAAACGGACGAAGGCUGCCCCUUCUCCUGUGCCCACGUCAGCCGGCUGGUGGACUGCUUUUCGGACGGCUGCGAGGAAGGUUGCCGCUGUCCGCCGGGAACCUUUCAGCACGGCUCCACCUGCUUACGGGAAUGUCCAUGUGUCCUGACUGUAUCCCUGCUGCAGGAGUUGGAAGCUCAUAGCCCACAUUCCAGGGCACUUCAGCCCUCCUUGGGUGAGACGGGACAGCUCCUGGGUCCUGGAGCUGAGCUGGAUUCUGGCCAGACCCUCAGAAUGGGUUGCAGCAACUGUUCCUGUGUCCAUGGGCAGUUCACCUGCUCCCUCAUGCACUGCCCUGUGCCUGGGGGCUUUACUCCCUGGAGUCAGUGGGGGCCCUGCUCCCGCUCCUGUGGGGGAAUGGGCACCCGCACCCGCACUCGGAAGUGUGCCCACCCCAAACCUGCCCAUGGUGGCCAGGACUGCCAAGGACCCCUCCAGGACCUGGAAUACUGUCUCAGCCCUGACUGUCCUGAAGCUGAAGGGUCCACAGUGGUGCCAGCGACAGUCUUUCCAGGUGGCUGGGGCACGUGGUCCCCUUGGUCCCCCUGCUCCCAAAGCUGCACAGAUCCAGCCCAUCCAGCCCUUCGUGGCCGGAGCCGCCACUGCCUGGCCAAUUGCACCGGUGGGGAAUCCACCCAGGAGCGACCUUGCAACUUGCCCCUUUGUACAGCCAUGCCCUUGUGCCCUGGCUCAGGCUGCACUGGUGGCAACUGCUCCUGGACAGAAUGGGCUCCUUGGGCCCCCUGCUCCCGGAGCUGUGGUGUGGGCCAGCAGCGUCGCCUGCGGGCAUACUACCCUCCUGGGCCUGGUGGGCACUGGUGCCCUGGCAUUCUUACUGCCUACCAGGAGCACCGAUUCUGUAACCUGCGGGCAUGCCCAGUGGCUGGAGGCUGGUCCCACUGGAGCCCCUGGUCCUGGUGUGACCGGAGCUGUGGAGGAGGUCGCUCACUAAGGAGCCGGAGCUGUACUCGUCCCCCACCCAAGAAUGGGGGUGCCCCCUGUUCUGGGGAGCAGCAUCGGGUCCGGCUCUGUAACCCUGAACCUUGCGAGAAAGGCUGCCCACCAGGCAUGAAGGUCACAGACUGUGCCAACCGUUGUCCACACCACUGUUCAGACCUCCAGGAAGGCAUUGUUUGCCAGGAUGGCUCGGUUUGCAAACAAGGCUGUCGCUGCUUGGAGGGGUUCCUGGAGCAAGAUGGAGCAUGUGUGCCCGUUGGGCACUGUGAGUGCACAGAUGCUCAUGGGUACAGCUGGGCACCAGGGAGCCAGCAUCAGGAUGACUGCAAUAACUGCACAUGCCAGGCAGGGCAACUGUCCUGCACCACCCAGUUAUGCCCACCGCCUGCUUAUUGUGCCUGGAGCCGCUGGUCAGCUUGGUCACCUUGUAGUCAUUCCUGCGGGCAAGGAGGACAGCAGAGCCGUUUCAGGUCAUCCACAUCUGGUUCAUGGGCCCCUGAGUGCCGGGAGGAGCAGUCGCAGAGUAAGCCCUGCCCACAGCCUCUGUGCCCACCUCUGUGUCCACAUGGCAGCCACCUCCAGGCUCUCGGGGACAGUUGGCUACAAGGAGAGUGCCAGCAGUGCUCCUGCACCCCAGAGGGCAUCAUUUGCCAGGACAUCGAAUGUGCAGUGCCUGGGGCUUGGACACCGUGGUCCCCUUGGUCAGAUUGUCCAGUUUCCUGUGGGGGCGCAGACCAGGUUCGAACGAGAGCCUGCCUCGACCCACCCCCCCAGCAUGGGGGGCUGCCUUGCCCAGGCCCAGAUACCCAAGCUCAGCCUUGUGGGCAGCAGCAUUGCCCAGAGCUGCCUGCGCCCUGCUCCUGGCAGCCGUGGGGACCUUGCUCCCGAAGCUGUGGCCCUGGCCUUACCUCCCGGUCCAGCUACUGUCCCUGCCUUCCCAAUGGACGUGCCCCCUCCUGCAAUGGCACCACACCCCACCUGGACACCCGUGCCUGUUAUUCGGGACCCUGCCAGGAGGAGUGUAUGUGGACCAGCUGGAGCAGCUGGACGGUCUGUUCCUGCCAGGUGCUAGUCCAGCAGCGAUACCGACACCAGGCUCCAGGCUCCAGGGGUGCUGGCCAGGGGACCCCCUGCACCCGCCUGGAUGGCCACUUCCGGCCCUGCCACCCCAGAAAUUGUUCUGAGGAGAGCUGUGAGCCACCUUUUGAGUUCCAGACAUGUGGCUCCCCUUGUGCUGGGCUCUGUGCCACCCAUCAGCAUCCUGGUCUUUGCCAAGACUUGGCUCCCUGCCAGCCUGGCUGCUACUGUCCCAAGGGACUGCUUGAGCAGGCAGGGGGCUGUGUCCCUCCCGAGCAGUGUCACUGUCUCUUGGGCCCCAGCAGUGGCGUUGGGGAGCCCCAGGCUUUGGCUCCUGGAGAACACCUGCGCCUGGGCUGCAAGGAGUGUGUCUGCCAGGAUGGGCAAUUGCAGUGUUCCAGUCGUAACUGCCAAGGUCUUCUACCCCUGAGUGGGUGGUCAGAGUGGUCUCCCUGUGGGCCUUGUGUGCCGCUUCCUGUUCUGGCUCCCACCUGGCAGAGUGCCCUGAGGGAGCACAGACCUCCGGAGGGACCCUCUCCUGUGCCUGCUGAUUCCCCUCUGCUGGCCUCCGAGCAGCAUCGCUACCGGAUUUGCCUGGAUCCUGAGACGGGAAAGCCUUGGGCUGGGGAUUCACAGUUCUGCACUGCCCCUCUGAGCCAGCAACGCCUCUGCCCUGACCCUGAAGUCUGCAGAGACUCUUGCCAGUGGGAAACCUGGGGCUCUUGGAGCCCAUGUCAAAUAUCCUGUAGUGGGGGGUUUCGGCUACGUUGGCGGAAGGCCAGGGGUCUUGCCGGAGAAAGAUGCCAAGGACCCUGGGCUCAGACAGAAAGCUGCAACACUGCUCCCUGCCCAGGGGAGAGCUGUGAGGCCCGAGGUACAGUGCCAACAGCUGAUUGUGCCAACCAGUGUCCCCGAAGCUGUGUUGACCUUUGGAACAGAGUGCAGUGUCUGCAAGGUCCCUGCAGCCCAGGCUGUCGUUGUCCCCCCGGCCAACUGCUUCAGGAUGGCCAUUGUGUACCUAUAGCUUCUUGCCGUUGUGGCCUCCCCAGCCCCAAUGCCACUUGGGAGCUGGGCCCAGAUGGGGAGCUACAGUUGGACUGCCAUAACUGUACCUGUGUCAAUGGGUCUUUGGCAUGCACACCUUAUGGGUGCCUGGCCUUUGGGCCCUGGUCAGCCUGGAGCGACUGCUCAGCCUCUUGUGGCAGAGGUACCAGAGAGAGGCACCAGAGCUGUCUCCAAGAUAGUCUCCAGGGGUUCUCAUGCCAAGUCCAGGACAUGAAGCAGAUAGAAGAAUGCAAUUCUGAGUCCUGCUCAACUUUAUGCCUGCUGGGUGAGUGGUCAGAGUGGAGUGCUUGCAGCGCCAGCUGUGGUGGAGGUAUGUCAGAAAGGAAGAGGGACCCACCUCUGGGGACACUAUGUCCCCUGCUCUCACCCUCGCGGCUCCGCAGGACAUGCAACUCUCAGCCCUGCAGCCGAGAGUGCCCUCCUGGUCAAAGAGCCACCCCUUGUGCCACAUCAUGCCCAAGGAGAUGCUCAGACCUACAGCCUGGCACCCUCUGUGUGCAGUUACCUUGCCAACCUGGCUGCGGUUGUCCUGAUGGGCAAUUGCUGCAGAGAGACAGAUGUGUCCCCCCAGCUGAGUGCCCCUGCACCCAGCUUUCGCUGCCCUGGGCCCUCUUCUUGACCCCAGAGGAGCAGGCACAAGAGCUGCCUUCUGGGACUCUACUUGUCCAGAACUGUACCCGCUGCAUCUGCCUUGAAGGAUCCUUUAACUGUUCCAGCAGUGACUGUCAGGAGUGCCCACCUGGAGAGAGAUGGCACCAGAUGGUACCAGGGGAACCAAUUCCAUGUGAGAAGACAUGCCAGGAGGUGUAUACUGAGGAUCCACUUCAGAGCAACUGUAGCAAGGGGCAGACUGAAGGCUGUGUAUGCCAGAAGGGCCAUUACCGCAGCCAGGCAGGCACCUGUGUUACUGCUGCCCACUGCGAGUGCUGGCACCAUGGACGUUUCUACUUGCCAGGGACUGAGUGGCAGGAAGACUGUGAAUGGUGCAGAUGCAUUGAUGGGAGGAGCUUUUGCACCCAGAAUUGUCUUCCCAUCAUCUGUGCUCAGGGUGAAACAAAAGUACGGAUGCCAGAGAGUUGCUGCCCUGUAUGUCAGCUGGAGUCACUAGAGGAGCCACCAAUGUCCUGCAAACUUCUCAAGGAGCUUCGAAACAUCACCAAGGGCUCCUGCCACCUAUACCAGGUGGAAGUGAGCUACUGUAGUGGGUACUGUCCUUCCAGCACUAACGUCAUUCCUGAGGAGCCAUACCUGCAGAGUGUGUGUGACUGCUGUAGCUACCUCCUGGAUCCUGUGAAUCCAGUCCAAAUCCUGAAUUUGCAUUGCCCUGGGGGAGACACAGAGCCUGUUGUACUUCCUGUCAUACACAGCUGCCAAUGCAGUGCCUGCCAGGGAGGGGAUUUAUCAAAGCGAUGAAGGGACUGGACUGGUCGGAAACAUACAGACUUCAACAAUAUGACUUGCAACAAUCCUCAUUUCAAGACAUACAUAAAACAAAGCUUAGCCGAAGGAAUAUACCUUGCUUGACUAUGUUUCUCGAAUUUGGGCUUGGAAAAAUAUUGCCUACCCCCCUUUGCUCAUGAAGCCAACAGGCCUGCAUGUAUGUUUUUAUUUUAUAUGAGCCAUGAAGGGCUUGGGGGCUAUAAACAGGGGUAGCUCAUCUUCUAAUAAAGCAAGUUUGCAGC